UACUCAGACGUUCGAAAAUGGCGAUGGCUUGGACGUAGCCCUUGCUUGAUCAGCAAAUACAUAUCGUAGUCCGUUGGCAACAAUGUUUUAUCGGAACAACUCAUCCUUAUUAUUUCUUUGACCUGGCAACUGGCAACUGGCAACUAGCACCUAGCAACUAGCAACUUUGCGAAUGCCAAUUCAUAUUAUCCUGGGUUUUAUUCUACAUAGAUACCAAUCCAACCCAUUCUAACCGACACCCUCGUGAACCGCCACUUACCCCAAGACCUACUCCGCCGUCACGAUCUAAGACAAGGCAAACGAUACGCCCGUACGGAUUUACAUAUAAUUGGGCGUAGACUCCAACCCUAAGGGAUACACAAUAUAUUUUCCGUAUAUCGUUCACAGGGAAGUGAAUCGGUCGGCGAAAUCGAACAGUAGGUCACAACACAAAGGAAAAAAUAUCCAGCAUGGAGCAUGUUAUGGAUGUGAGCUGGAUGACACAUGGAAAAGACAACUGGAGCAACCAUGGUACCAACUGGAGCUCGUCUAACCAAAGCCAAGACUCCUCUACUUCGAAUCGCCCGAAGCUUUCAACCCCGAGCAAACCUAAUGGCAAAACAGACACCUCAUUGCCCUCUGCGCAUAAUACCUCGUCUCCAGCCUCGACAGCGCCGCCCGCUGCCACUAAACCAAUACCUCAGCGUUCAGGUAGGACAAGAAGUCAAUCCGUCGAAGGACCGCCGAGUCAAAAUGGCACACCACCACAGAGGAGAGGCUCGUGGUUUUCUAAUAUCUCGUCCAAAUUUUCUACGUCUCCAGCAAAUGGAAAUACCGCUUCUCCGACUCCCACACCUGAGGCCGACGCCGAUGAAGUAGCCCCUUUACCUAAGAUUACCCCAAGCAAAAAUGCCGUCCUUCCACAUGCAUCGCGCCAGAGUGGCGAUGCUCCAUAUAUACCCGCGCCUCCGAGGACGAGCCAGCCUGGCUUCUUGGGAGUCCUCCGUCGCCUGUCGUCUUCGAGUAGCGCCAUUGCGCCGGGCUCCAGAGCUAGCCAUGGUCUCGUGGAGCGAAAAAUUCUCAAUAUCGACAAGCAUAGAGAGAGGUGUCGAGUGAACGAGCUAAGCCAGGCAAAACUUCGUCGCGUAGCCUUCUGUGUCGAUGUCGAGAUUGCGCCUAUGCCUAAAUAUGCGGAUGAAGAAACAGCGUGCAAGAAGCCUGUCGAUAAAACGCAGAAAAAGAAGAUAACAGAAAGGGGUGAAGGUGAAGCAUUAAAGAACCCAAAAGCAUUAGAAGAGCAAAAGGAAAAUAUUGGCCUGGUCAAGGCAACUGGCGAGACCCUGCCGAAGGAGCCCGAGAAAGAAGGUAGUGAGGUGGCAAAUGGAGAUCAGAAGGGAAAUAGUACUACGGACGAUGAUGGGCCUAUAAAAGAAAAGGAGACCACCCGCAAGAAGGAAAAGAAGAAGAAGAGUGAGGCAGAACGAAAGGCUAAGAAGGAACAGAAGCGCAGAGAAGCUCUCGAGAAGGGGACUAUUCCAAUGGAAUUAUAUCUCGACAGCGACAGCUCGACAGACGAACUCUCGAUACGAUCCGGAACGCAGAAAACUCAGCUAGCACCUACGACGAACCCUGGUAGGAUAUAUCGCCGUUGCUGUCAGCUUCGGGAGACAGACAUUCUCACCAAGAUUACCCUGCAACUUCCCAAAACCACGGAAUCCUGUCCCAAUGGUAUAGUGGAGAAGCUUGACCUUACGGGAUAUUUUAUGUCCCUACCGGACUUGGUCACGUUAGGGGAUUUUCUUGCUGUUGUACCAGUUAAAGAGGUCAUCCUUGAAAACUGCGGUUUGACUGAUGAGGGUGUUCGUGUUAUUCUCGCAGGACUUCUAGCAGCUCGAAAAACACCUAGUAUCAGACACCGAAGAUGCUGUUCUAAGCCCGCAGACUCGACAGAGCAAGGUGGCGCUGUGGAAAGACUCGUACUCAAGAACAACAGCAAGAUUACUGUUGAAGGCUGGAAACAUAUUUGCCUCUUUAUCCACAUGUGUCACUCCAUCAAGUAUCUUGAUAUCUCGAGUUUACCAUUUCCUACGCCGAUAGAACCUACAAAAACUCCAAUUAGCCAUCACCUUCAUUACAGCAUUGGACAAAGUACACCGGCUCCAACCGACUUAUCUUUACUAUUGUCUAAGGCAAUUGGGGAUCGUUUAGCCGGUCCCGAGCUGGAGCUCCUCAACAUUGGCUCGAUCGGUUUGACAGCAAAUCAACUAGGCGCCGUAAUUGACGGCAUCCUUAAGUCAGGAGUAAAAAGACUAGGACUAGCAAAUAACGGUCUUGAUGCGCAAGGUGCUCAGCACGUGGCGAGAUAUCUGCGCAAUGCGAAGUGCGAAGGAAUUGACCUUGGUGGUAAUGAUCUUAGAGACCAUAUUGCUGAUAUUGCUGCGGCUUUUGAUGGAAAGGACGAGCUCUGGGCUAUGAGCUUGGCCAAUUGCAAUCUGGUACCGGCGUCGUUAUGCAAGAUACUUCCCAAAUUGGCGAAACUUCCCGACUUCAAGUUCCUUGAUUUGUCACAUAACCGUGCACUCUUCGAGUCUGAGCCUAAUGCCAUGGGAUUGCUUCGCAAAUACCUGCCUCAGAUGGAUAGCUUGAGAAGGUUGCAUCUCGCGGAUGUUUCAAUGACUUCGGAGCAAGUGAUUUCUCUUGCCGAGAUCUUACCUGAAAUUAAGGUCCUAGCGCAUAUUAACCUACUCGAGAAUUCGGAUAUCGUCGCCUUAGCUGAUGCUCGGACUGAGGAGGGUCAAGAAGAAGCGUGUGCCGUAUAUGCUUCGCUUCUAGCCGCCGCCCGUGUAUCGAGAACUUUGAUCAAGGUCGAUAUAGAUAACCCUAGUCCUGAAUCUGGCGAGAUUGUCAAAGCACUUGCAAACCGUGUUGUGGUGUACUGCAUGCGAAACUUGCAGGGCGUGCCAGAUAUUCGAGAUUCCGCUGGCGAGGACGGCCAGCCAGAGAAGUUGCCGGAUGUACUUCGACAUCUUGUGGGUCACGAAGAAGAUACUCCAUUCGUGGACGUGGACAGUGAUAUCGAGCCGGCACCUGACGAGGAUUAUGUGAUUGGUGGUACGGGUGUUGUGAAAGCUUUGGCGUGCGUUUUAAAGAACCGAGGAGACGAUACUAGGCGACCCUCAGGUGAAUUUACUAGAGACAUCGAAUCUGGUACUUCGACACCUAGGACUCGUUUGCCCCCGGGGAAGGUCAAGGAUAUGUCCAAAUACUUGCUUAUUAGUGCGCGGAAGAUUCGUGCUCGGUUACAGCCAGCCCUGGCUAUGGCCAAAGCAUCUUCCAACGAGGAUAUCCACAAUUAUCACCGCCUCAUCUUCCUCGACCAGACAAUCGAGGGCAUCAUCAAACGCUUCGAAGAUGAGUUCCCAGAGACACGUCAAAUGUCAUUAGAAGUUGGCAUACCGGAUCGAACGAAGACCACUGCAUCCGAGCCUAGUCGUACUUCGUUCUCCUCUGCAGAGGCAGAUGUCGGCUUAUUAUCAGAUACGGAGGAUAUUGAAACUGAGCUUCGCUCGUCCAAAUCCCGAUCUCGGUCUAAUUCUAUCAUCUCGCACAGCUCUAAAGCACUUGUCGAGGAAGAAGGCCGUGCUUUCCGUGUCAAUCACAUAUUCCGUUCUGGCCUAAUCAAGCCCGAACACUACGAUCUACUCACCAGUGCUGAGGAGGUCGGGAAUAAUCCAAGCCAUGUGACAGUAGUCACGAGUAUAAUGGAUGAGUUGAUGGGAGAAGACGAGCAAAUCAAGAAGGACAUCCAAGAGAAAGGACUCAUUCGUGCGUUCCAGCAGCACAGGGAAGAAAUAGUCAAGAGGUUACGCGAGGAGGAUCCACAGUACUGGGAGAAAUUCGUCGAGGCGCAGGAGAAGGCGAGAGCCAACGUCCAAAUGGACGAUAAAAAUGGGGCCUCGCAACAACAGGAGAGCGCAAUCGUCGACGAGGAAGCUAUCGCGGAUUAAUCACGGAUGAGUUAAACUAGGGGAAAUACUUCUGUACCGAUAUGUAUACUACACCAGCGCGCGCAUCUUUCCGAUCGUUCUUCAAAGGGCUCUUUAAACGGGUGGCGUUUUUUUUUUGUAUCGCUUCAGAUAGGCAUCGCGUACCGCGUACCGCAGGCCGCAGGCGUCAGACUUUGGUUAACGUGAGAAAAGGGGUAGGGCGGGAAGUGGUCACGUCGUUGUUGAUUUAUGUAACCUAACCCGGGUUCUCGAAUGGGAGACCAAAUGGCUGAUUAAGUAGCUGUCUGUUGUUGUUUUCUGACAUGAUGGAUGGAUGAUGUCUGGCGGAUCGGAUUGAUCCUGCUUGUUAUGCAUUGUUAAUGGUGUUCCUGGUGUCUGAUAUCGUGAUGGAGCUGAUAAGUCAAGCUGUUAAGCUAAACGAGGCUCUUUUGAAUUUGUUGGAAUUUAUCUUAAUUAUAAUAACUACUACCUAUGCUUUCAAGUAACUUCGGGAUUUCUCAGUGCGAACUGUUUGAAAUAACAGAGCUCCUUGG